CCUCCUCUCCUCAUUCUCCCCGCAUCACAUCCCUCACCUCUGCUCCCCUCCCUGCCCAGAGGAACUCAGGCAGUAGCGUAGUCUACCAAAAAGUUGCAAAGCUCUGAUCUUGUCGCCUCCCACGCAAUCUUCUCUCCAUCUCCGUUCGUCCGUCCGUUCUUCGUGUCGUCGCAAGAUAACAGAACUCACAAGAAGUUAAAGCCUCAGGGAAUGCUGAAAGAUGUGCUUUCGUAGAAGAGAUUCCUGUUGCGACAUCAAGGACCUUGCUGCUCCGCAAGGGCUGCUGAUCUGCUCAACUCUUGAUGACCUGACCUUCAUCAAUUCUACGCCCUUCAGACUGCGACACGACCAGGCCAUAAGAAUUCUGUUCACCAUCAUGGAUCAUGACAUGGGGGAGGAGGGCUAACUCUUUGUGCAGUCCACCUGAUUGGCAGCCAAAAGUGUAGCCCUGUGAAUUGUGAUUUACUCUUGAAGAAAGAUAUGGAAUCGAGAGGAAAGAUUUUGAUGAAGCGGUAUGAGCUGGGGAGGUUGCUGGGGAAAGGCACAUUUGGCAAGGUGCACUAUGCAAGGAACCUUGAGUCCAACCAGAGUGUUGCUAUUAAGAUGAUGGACAAGGACAAAGUGCUCAACGUUGGACUUUCAGAGCAGAUAAGGCGGGAGAUCACAACCAUGCGGUUGGUGGCUCAUAAGAACAUUGUUGAGCUUCAUGAGGUUAUGGCAACACGAAACAAGAUCUACUUUGUCAUGGAGUAUGUGAAAGGUGGCGAGCUCUUUGACAAGAUUGAGAAGAGUGGCAAGCUCACAGAGGCUGUUGCACACAAGUACUUCCAGCAGCUCAUUAGUGCUGUGGAUUACUGCCACAGCCAAGGUGUGUAUCACCGGGACUUGAAGCCUGAGAACCUGCUGUUGGAUGAGAAUGAGAACCUGAAGGUCUCAGAUUUUGGACUGAGCGCACUUUCAGAGUCUAAGAGGCAGGAUGGCUUGCUCCACACCACCUGUGGAACUCCAGCAUAUGUAGCUCCAGAGGUGAUCAGCAAGACAGGCUAUGAUGGUGCAAAGUCAGACAUCUGGUCUUGUGGGGUUGUUCUAUUUGUACUUGUUGCUGGUUAUCUCCCUUUUCAAGGCCCAAACUUGAUGGAGAUGUAUCGUAAGAUACAGAAUGGUAAUUUCAGGUGCCCCAGUUGGUUUUCACACAAACUCAAGAAGCUAUUGUACAAGAUCCUGGACCCCAACCCAAACACAAGAAUUUCAGUCCAGAAGAUAAAAGAGUCUACCUGGUUCCGAAAAGGUCCUGGGGAGACCCGUACAGUAAAGGAGAAAAUUCCAAGUGAGAAUGCCACCACAAAUGCUGCUCCAGUACUUGCUAUGAGGCGCAAGAAGAAUGUUCAUGAAGAUGUGAAGCCCUUGGCUGUCACAAACUUAAAUGCCUUUGAAAUCAUAUCUUUCUCCACAGGAUUUGACCUCUCUGGUCUAUUUAUCAAAAAGGAGUGCAAAAAGGAGACAAGAUUCACUUCUGAUAAGCCUGCUGCUGCCAUUAUCUCGAAGCUUGAAGAUGUUGCAAAAAUACUGAAUCUCAGGAUAAGGAAGAUGGAUAAUGGUGUUGUCAAGAUUCAAGGGAGGAAGGAGGGAAGGAAUGGUGUCCUUCAGUUUGACGCAGAAAUAUUUGAGAUCACGGCAUCCUACCAUCUCAUUGAGAUGAAACAAACAGGCGGUGAUUCACUUGAGUACCAGAAACUGUUGGAAGAGAACAUCCGGCCAGCACUGAAGGACAUAGUCUGGGCCUGGCAUGGAGAUGAUCAACAGCAAAAGUAGUAGUACCUUUGGAUGUCUCAGUUUUGUUCCUAAAAUUUGUUAGAUUUUUUAGCUCGGAGUGAUUCUGUUCGACAUGUGUAUGUUCUUUUUUAGUAAUUGCAUUCUUUCUCUUUCUGUGAACCAUUCUGUUGCGCGAUAAUUGUUGAGAGGCUGAGUUGUCCAGUCGUUCCAUUCUGAAAACUGUUUCUGUCCUGUAAUGUGUAAUGGUUGUCCCUAUCAAUAAUGAAAUAAUUGCAUUUGAUCCUUUAAAAAAGGUUGAACUUUCA